AUGGAAGGAGACCGAAUGGCUCGCGAGCUGCAGAACAACAAGGAGACGGCAGCUUACAGUGUGAACCUUACAAUGAAGUCACUGUUGGUUCUCUGUGGCCUUUGCACAUCAGUAGCAUUUGCGUUGAUAAGGAUUCCUCUCCAUAAAAUGCCAUCUAUCCGGCAAUCACUGCGCCAGCUGGGUCUGAAACCGUCCACCAUCUUGAGGGAAGCCAAUAAGUCCGUUGAGCAUGUUCAGAAUGGCACAGCGCCGACGAUCCUCACCAACUAUAUGGAUACCCAGUACUUUGGGGAGAUCAGCAUCGGGACCCCUCCACAGACCUUCAAAGUUAUCUUCGACACAGGAUCGGCCAACCUCUGGAUCCCUUCCUCAAGCUGCUCACCCCUCUUCGCAGCCUGCUUUUCCCAUAACAAAUAUGACUCAUCCAGAUCGACAACAUACGAAGCCAAUGGAAAAGUAUUUGCUAUUCAUUAUGGGUCUGGUAAUGUCAAGGGAGUCCUCAGUCAAGAUAUUGUAAUGGUGGCCAAUAUCCCAGUUAUCCAGCUCUUUGCCGAGGCCACCUCGUUGCCUGCGAUACCUUUCAUCUUCGCCAAGUUUGAUGGUGUCCUGGGGCUGGGAUUCAGGACCAUCGCCAUCGAUAACAUCAAACCGGUGUUUGAAAGAAUCCUGGACCAGCACGUCCUCACUGAAGACGUUUUCUCUGUUUAUUACAACAGAGAUUCCCAUGAGAUUCCGGGCGGUGAGGUUAUCCUGGGGGGCACUGACCCUUCUUAUUACACUGGAGAGUUCCACUAUCAGGAGCUGACCAAGACAGGUCACUGGCAAAUCAGGAUUAGAGGAAUUUCCAUCGAUGGGGAGCUAACACUGUGCAGUGAAGGGUGUGUGGCUGUUGUCGACACCGGUUCCUCCUACAUCACUGGGCCAGCAGCUUCUGUCUCUACCAUAAUCAAUGCCAUUGGGGCCACGUCAUUGGCAGAGGGACAGUACAUUGUGAACUGCGACCAGAUCAAAAUCUUGCCUCAUAUUUCUUUUAACCUGGGAGGAAAGAACUUCCUGAUGAAGGGUGAAGACUAUAUUGUGAAGGAAUCAGAGUUUGGUGAGGAAGUGUGCACCGUCUGCUUCAGUGGCCUUGACAUUCCCCCACCCAGGGGCCCGCUGUGGAUCCUAGGAGCCAGCUUCAUCGGGCGAUAUUACACUGAGUUUGACUACAAGAACAAUAGGAUAGGCUUCGCCAGAGCGAUUUAAACCAGUCUAGAAUGGGAUUGCUUGGGCUAGACUUUCCUUGGGAAAAUUUGGCGCAUACUCCAAGGAUAGAGGAAAAAUAGUUAUUUUCUUCCAUUUUGGGCCAGCUUUCAUAUCCAGUGUUGCCAAAACCAGUUAGAAUUGGAGGAAGCAGGCAUCUUUCAAAGCUUCGUCCCUUCCGCUCUCCAUGCACAGGCUUCAUUCGCAACCUUCCCCAUUCACUCAGGCUCCAUAGGAACAAGAAUAGCCAGCUCCCAAAUACAAUCUGCUCAUGGAUGAUCACUAAUCUAACCCCACAAGUCCGUUUAUUGCCUCCUCAACAUCAGUUAGGCCAAGCACAACCUAGGUGACCAGUUUACUGACCAGCUAUGCUCUGUCUGCCACGGCCUUCUGGAGAUCUCAGUUUAUAUCAGUUUCUUUCUAUUUCCUAUUCCCACACUGACCAGUCAGUCCUUGGCGUUGGCCUCCUCUGCUGCCAGGGUGGGCUAAAGGCAAACUAGAUGAACUGAACCUCAUAUUCCACUUGAGUAGUCUACAGUAUCAUGGCAUGAAGAUUGAAUUUUUCAACUUCAGUCAAAUUGCCCCUCUUCUGUCCCUUUUCUCACUCCAUCUGAUCCACCCAGUUCUCACUGAAGAUACAGAUUAACUCUACUUAUUACAUGUACACCAAAACACCAAAACACAAUGACAUGUGCCGUUUUGCAUCAAUGACCAAAACAGUCUGAAGAUUUCCUGGCAGCAUCCUGCAAGUGUCACUACACUUGCAAUGCCAACAGAGCAUGUUCAUAACUUACUAACCCCGACCCUGACCCCUACAUUCUUUGGAAUGUGGGAGGAAGCUGGACCUCCUACAGGAAACCCAGGUGAUCUUUGGGAGAACCUACAAACUCCUUACUGACGGUGUCAGGGGAUUGCACCCCGAACGAUGAUCGUUGGUGCUGUAAAGUGUUAUGCUGCCAUGCCACCCCACUCCUGGCACUUCUAGGCACUACCUUCACCCAGACUCUCAUCACCCUGUCUCUUCCCCCCCUCCUCCACCCAUUCAAUCGAAACAUCACCCAAACCCCUUCCGUUCAUUCCUGCCUCUCUUAUUUAAUUCUACCUUCCUCCACUAUCAGAUUCCACAAUCUACAACCCUGUGGCGUCUCCCAGUAUGAUCUCCCAGCCUCCAUCCAAUAUGACCAACCCUUCCUCCAGCCAGCUACUGGCCUUCUUCACUUGGAUCCACCUAUCACUUAGUCACUGUGGCCCUUCCCCUUCCCCUCAACUCUCUACACUGUCUUUCUCCACCCCCCCCCCCCCCAUCUUCUAGGUGAGAAGUCCUGACCUGAAACAUCAAUUGUCCUUUUCAUAGAUGUCACUUGAAUCGCUGAGAUCCUCCAACAUCUCAUUUAUCACUGCAGACUCCAGCAGCUGCACAUUCUUGUGUCCCCAGUUAUACGUCGUGGAUCUGGAGGUAGACAAUUGAACUUGGUUACUUGUGCCAAAUGCACGCUGGCUGGCUACCAGCUAGUGCUCCUUCAAUGAGAUUUGACUUCAUGGAAGAAUGAGUCACAGAAGCAGAGUACGAUGUACAGACACUAAAGGCUCAUUCAUUUAACAUGGGCAAUCAAGGACUCAUUCCACUUAAUAUACGAGGGGUGAUUGAUAAGUUCAUGGCCUAAGGUAGAAGGAGUCAAUUUUAGAAAACCUAGCACAUUUAUUUUUCAACAUACUCCCCUCCUACAUUUACACACUUAUUCCAGUGGUCGUGGAGCAUACGGAUCUUGGACCUCCAGAAAGUGUCCACAGAUGGGUGAUUGAUAAGUUUGUGGCCUAAGGCAGAAGGAGGUGAGGUAUACAGUUCUCAUUACAUGCACAUGCCGUUCAACUCUUUGAGUGAUUAUGCAGAAAGUCUGAAGUUAAUUAUCAGAUAAUAACAUCAGGUGUGAUUGGUAAGUUUGUGGUCUAAGGUAGAAGGAGAUGAGCUAUUAACUUCCAACUUUCUGCAUAAUCACUCAACGAGUUGAACUGCAUGUGCAUGUAAC